UUGAUGAAGCCGCUCCCGCAUGUUUCCGGCAGUAAUUAAUUUGUGAGGACUUGAGCAGCUUGGAGAAGUGUUUCUGCAGGACAGCAUGGAAAGCGACUUGCUGCUGUUGCAUUUCGCGAAUUUCAGCACGUUGCUGGUGUGCAUGGUGCUGAAGGUGCCCCAGAUUGUGGUGCUGAUGAGAGCCAGGCGCACCGCCGGGGUGAGUGUGAACAGCCUGCUGCUGGAGCUGACCGGGUUUAUCGUGUUCGUCUCCUAUCAGAUGUACUAUGAUUAUCCUCCUCUGACGUACCUGGAGUAUCCCAUCCUCAUCGCACAAGAUGUGAUCCUGCUGAUUCUCAUCCUGCACUAUGAUGGAAACAUGAAACACAGUCUCGUCUAUGCAGCUGUGUUUGUCGGUGGAUGGAAACUGCUCACCGUGGAGAAAUGGAUCAUCGACAUGGCAAUGAGUGUGUGUACACUCAUCAGUGCAGUUAGUAAACUCCUGCAGCUUCAGUGUCUGUGGAGAUCCAAAGACUCUGCGCAGGUCAGCACUUUAACCUGGGCAUUAGCGUCAUACACGUGUCUGGCGAGGAUCUUCACUACGAUGGUGACCACUGGAGACUCUCAGGUUCUGAUCCGCUUUGUGGCCAUGACGGCUCUGAACGUGUGGGUGACCGCCACAGUGAUCUACUACAAACCCAGCGCCAAGAAACACGACUGAGACUGAGUGAUUCUGACAUCACUUCCUGUCACACAGGAACAUCGUUUGCUUCAUAUGAAGUCAGAACAGAUGUGUGAGUGAGUUAGAGCUAGUGAAUGAAAUACUGUAUGCAGUGUACCAAGGACCAACACUGAACCGAACCAGGUACAGCCCAGGGCAGAGCUGAUUGGUUCGUUCUCUUCCUGUUACCUUUUUUUGAAUUCUAAAUGAAGAAUACAGUUCUAUAGUUACUGAUCACCUUUGACGCUUCUUGACUCUGGCUUCGGUUUUCUUCUUUUCACGUGGUUAUGGCCGGACAGUAGUGUUUGGGUUCGUGGAUUCUCCAGCAGUACCAUGAAUCAGGAAAUCUGAGUACAACCCCAAUUCCAAAAAAGUUGGGACGCUGUGUAAACUGUCAAUAAAAACAGAAUGUGAUCAUUUGCAAAUCGUGGAAACCCUAUAUUUCAUUGAAAAUAGUACAAAGAAACUGAAUUUUUUUUUUUUUUUUUAAAUGCUCAUUUUGAAUUUGAUGUCAGCAACGUUUCAAAAAAGUUGGGACGGGGCCAUGUUUACCACUGUGUUACAUUACCUCUACUCUUAAUGACGCUCCAUAAACGUUUAGGAACUGAGGAGACCAACUGCUGUAGUUUUGAAAGUGAAAUGUUGUCCCAUUCUUGCCUGAUUUACAAUUUCAGUUGCUCAGUAGUUCGGGGUCUCCUUUGUCAUAUUUUGCGUUUCAUAAUGCGCCAAAUGUUUUAAAUGGGAAAUAGAUCUGGACUGCAGCAGGCCAGUUUAGCACCCGGACUCUUUUACUAUGGAGCCAUGCAGUUUUAAUACGCGCAGAAAGCGGUUUGGUGUUGUCUUGGUGAAAGAAGGAAGGCCUUCCCUGAAAAAGAGUUUGUCUGGAUGGCAGCAUAUUACUCUGAAACGUGUUUAUCAUUCAGCAUUAAUGAUGCCUUCCCAGAUGUACAAGCUACCCGUGUCAUGUGCGCUAAUAAUGCCCCCUCAUACCAUCACAGAUGCUGCUUUUGAACUGUGCACUGAUGAGCCGGAUGGUCCCUCUCCUCUUUAGCCUGGAGGACGUGGUGUCCAUGAGUUCUAAAAAGAAUUUCUACUUUUGAUUCGUCAGACCUCGGGACAGUUUUCCACUUCGCCUCAGUCCAUCGUAAAAGAGCUCGAGCCCAGAGAAGGUGGCGGUGUUUCUGGAUAUUGUUUAUAUCUGGUUUUAACUUGCAUUUGUGGAUGAAGUGUUUUCACAGACGAUGGUUUUCUGAAGUGUUCCUGAGCCCAUACAGUGAUUUCCACUACAGACGUCUCUGCUUUUAAUGCAGUGUCUCCUGAGGGCCUGAAGAUCACAGGCAUCCAAUGUCAGGUUUCAGCCUUGUCUCUUGCAUACAGAGAUUUCUCCAGAUUCUCUGAAUCUUUUAAUGAUAUUAUGGACCAUAGAUGAUGUGAUCCACGAAUUCUUUGCAGUUUUACAUUGAGGGACGUUUCGUUAUUCUUAAACUGUUGCACUGUUUGCCCACGCAGUCCUUCACAGAGCGGUGAACCCCGCCCCAUCUUUACUUCUGAAAGACUCCGCUUCUCUGGCAUGCUCUUUUUAUACCCAAUCAUCUUACUGACCUGUUGACAAUUAACCUAAUUAGGGCUUCUUUUUUUUUUAAAGCACGAGACAAAUUUUCCAGUCUUUUGUUGCUCCUGUCCCAACUUUUCUGAAACAUGUUGCUGACAUCAAAUUCAAAAUGAGCGCGCAUAUUUUUUCAAUAACAUUUCUCAGUUUGAUCAUUUGAUAUGCUGUCUUUGUACUAUUUUCAAUGAAAUUUUGGGUUUCCAUGAAAAUUGUUGCAUUCUGUUUCUAUUUACAGUUUACACAGCGUCACAGCCUUUUUGUAAUCGGGGUUGUAAUGAAGGGUCUCUGUGUCAACACACACUUCUGGAACAUUCCCAUGAGGCCGUUGGGACCUUUCCGUAAAUCUUUAUUGGCAUUUUUUCUUUUUUAAUCCUGCUGUUAAUCUUGAUGAGCUUUAUAAUAUAGAUGGAGUAGAGUUCACUUUUCUUAAAACUCACUGGACCAAAUUUCUGUAAAUGGACAGUAUUUACAUUGAUGGUGGAAGGAUUAUGCACAAUACAUUAAGGUUU